AUGGUGUGGAGUAGUGAUUUGUAUUUUGGUGGGACGGAGGCGGGGAGUUUGGUUCCCGGAAAUCAUGUUGGAUCCAGGUAUACCAAGAACACGAUCCGUCAAGGCUCCAGAACCCUGAUCACUGGAACUAAUGGAUUUAUUGGUUCCCAUGUGGUCGAUCAACUAUUGAGCUUAGGCUACUUGGUCCGCGGUACUGUUCGAGAGUCUAAACCCUGGUUGAAUGAACUCUUCGACCAACAAAGGCAAGUUCGAAACGCGCAUUGUCUCGGACCUGACUAG